GAGUUCGAUUGGGCUAACCGCUUGCUCUCCCGGAUAUAUCCAGUCUAGGUUAUGCAUUUUGAAAUGGAGAUGACACUCAAGGAAGACAACCCAGAUUCUCCAAUGUCUGGAAUCUAUGAGAUACCUGGUGAACCUGCAUUGGUUAUCAAUGGGGUGCCUCCUGUAUGUACCAGUGUCAAUGGUAGUCUUGUUCCCUACAAAGUUUGUUGUGACAUAGAUUCAAAAACAAAUGAGUCUUUGGGUGACUGGUUAGAAGGUAGAAAAGUUCAAAAGCUAUUUGGGAAGAAGUUCUUUAAUGGGGAAGUUACCAAAUUUGACAAAGAAUCGAAUUGGUAUAGAGUGGUUUAUGAUGAUGGGGAUUUUGAAGAUCUUGAAUGGCAUGAGUUGCAGGAAGUUUUACUACCUCUUGACAUCACAAUCCCAUUAAAGACAUUAGCAUCAAAAGUCAACAAGAGGAGGCAAAAACAUGAUAAAAAAUCUGGUAGAUCUGUGAGUAAGCCCAAAAUCCACCAACAUAAAGGCUUGGAAUCCGAGGUUGAGAAAAUGGAGGUCUAGAAAGCAAGUAGAUUAGUGGUUGCUUAGUCAUGAAGCUCCUUGGGAUUUCUUCUGCAAGGAGUUCAAGGUAUUCGAUAUGAUUAGUCCUCAUUUAUCCCUUUCUCAUCCAAUUUACAUGUCUUCAUUUUGCGGCUCUUUUAUCUAGGUUGUAAAUAUAUAAUAAUAAUAAAAAAAAAGUCAAGGUAG